UUAGAAUUGGUGUGAUUCCAAACAAGCCCGAGAACAUGUCAGUUCUCCGAAAUUCAGAUUCCACCAUGGAUUAAUACCAAAGUUGGCCUUUACCAUGAUCCAAACCCGAACUGGUUUAAUUGUCCGUUGCAUCCAUUGUCCAAUGACAAGCAAGUUUGACCUUUGUAUAACCGGUAACAGUUAUUUAGUUACCUGAACAACUCUAAUCAGAGGGGAGUUUUCCAUUGCAUCUUGUGAUCCACGAGAUUUCAUCGAGUCAUCUAGUCGUUGCAAUUUGCUCAUCAUGUACUCCGUCCCAUUGAUAAGUUUGGAUCUAUCUCCGGUUGAGACCGUGACCCAAAUGAUCUCAGCCCUAACUCAAUUGGAUCACAUAUCUCGAGCCAUCUUUGAUCGCAUCGAUCAACGCGUUGAUGCCCAAAUCGAUCAAUUGAAUCGCUUGGAUCAACGCAUUGAUGGGGUUCAAAAACAGGUCCAAGGAAUCCGGGGUUCCAAGAAGGCCACAGCCAUCUUUGCCCAUGCCAGGUAUCCAUCGGUUCCGUCACAGCCCUUGGCAGCUUUGAUGGUAGAUUUGCCACCUGUGACAUUGCCCAAGAUGUCAAUCCCGGAUGAGUUUCUACCCCCGCGACCUUUGCGAGGCUUGGAACCCAGGGAAAUUAAGGGCAAACUCAGAUCGUACCAUGUUAAAGGCCAGAAGCGACUGACGAGCUCGUACGAUCAGUUACGGGAAGGUCGAGCACUUCCCGAGGACAUUGGGAGUGCCAGUUCGUUCCUGGUGUUCAACACGGCUGAUAAUCCGUACUUAUCGGGAAUGCAUGUCAACCCCCUGAGCAUUCGACACAAAUCACGAAAACCGGGAGAGGACCAUCAAGAUCAAUCCGGACUCAAAGAUUUGGAUGAGGCGCCGGUGAGCCUCAGACCCGGUCAUGAAUUGGACAUGUCCGAUCAAGAUCAGCAUUUUUACAACCCCGAUAUGGGUGAUCUUCCCGAAUUCGAUCUACCGGAUAAUUUAGACUUGAGCAACAUAGCUCAAGACUUGACUUACGCUAAUGACCCGGGGGCGGGCAUAUUACCUUCCAUCACACUACCCGAGCUUCCCACCUUGACCUCUUCUGUGGAAAUGCGGCCCAAACCACCUAAUACCUUACCUCCUUCUCCCCCUUUGCCUCCAUCUACGGCUCCCAUGCCCAUAUUACCAAUCGUCACAACCGGUGACACCAAUCCUCCACCUCCGCCCCCGCCCCCACCUCCUACCAUGACAACGUCUCCGCCACCACCCCCUCCCAUGACUGCACCCCCACCACCACCUCCACCACCCCCCAGUGGACCUCCUUCCUCUAUAGACCCCUCCAUGUCUUCUGAAGAUGCUCCCGACGGACCCCAACCGAAAAUUUCGGUGGGCGCUGACGGGCGUGCCAAUCUGAUGGAAGCUAUUCGACAAGCUGGGGGUAAAAGUGGAGCUAGCCUCCGUUCCAUUCAGGAGCGGAAGAGGGAGGAGAAACUGGCCAAGCAAGAAGAGAAGGAGCGUGGCGUGGGUGGAUCCCGUAGUGGAGGGGCUGGUGGAGAUCUGUUGGCCGACUUGGCGGCUAAAUUAUCAAUGCGGCGGAAAGGCAUUGCGGGCAGUGGAGGAGGUCAGCCCUCCAAGAGUACAACUACUGUCAAUGAGGGGGCCGGGGGAUCGGUACUGAGCAAGAUAUCGAGCAUGAUUCCUGACCCUAAUGACGACCUCGACGACAGCGAAUCAAAUAACGAUUCGGCCAGCGACGAUUGGGAUUAGAUCCCGAAUGUUGAUUUCAAUCUGUGUGAAUUAAUAUAUAAAUAUUUAUAUUCUAAAAAUUAAUUAACAAAAAAUAAAGCUAUUCAAUAAAAAAAGUAGAGUCUCGAGAAGAGACCCGGGACGAGA